UUCCGCCGCCGCCGCCGCGCUCGUCUCGCCCGCCGGCUACCCCUACCUCCCUCGCGGACCACCGGUUGCCGCCGCCAUGUACGGACACCGCGGGGCAAUGAUGGGAAGCGGGGGGGUUUCGGAUGGGUACGAGGGAUCAAAGAGGCCACGAAUGAUGGAAUCGAAUCCAUACUUCGCAGUGAACGCAGGGAGUCCGUUGGAUGUUUCGAAGAGGGCCAGGAUGAUGGAGCCUGGCGCUCCCUAUUUUGGAGCCAUGGGCAGCAACGCUGGUGGCAGCGGCGCCGGCUUCUACCCUCCCUACAGUGCCAACUUGGCUGGUGCAGGGGUUAACACUAGCCUACAGAGCUUUCCAGGGGUUCGUCUGCGAGGGCUCCCUUUUGACUGUGAGGACCUUGAUGUCGUCAAGUUCUUCACUGGGCUGGACAUAGUGGACAUCCUCCUGGUUCACAAGAAUGGCCGCUUCUCUGGCGAGGCAUUUGUUGUCUUCCCUUCGAACCUGCAAGCCGAGUUUGCACUGCACCGCAACAGGCAGAACAUGGGCAGGAGAUACGUGGAGGUGUUCAGAUGCAAGAAGCAGGAGUACUAUGUUGCAAUAGCUUCUGAGGUGAGCCAGGGUGGUGGUUUCGUCGACUCAGAGUACCGACACUCCCCACCUCCUCCGGUACGCCCCAGGAAGCCGGCUGAGGACAAAAGCAGCAUGGAGUACACCGAGGUGCUGAAGCUGCGUGGGCUCCCCUACUCUGCUACCACUGAGGACAUCAUCAAGUUCUUUGUGGAGUACGAGCUGACAGAUGAGAACGUGCACAUUGGGUACCGCUCUGAUGGCAAGGCUACUGGUGAGGCCUUUGUGGAGUUCCCAACAGCUGAGGUUGCGAAGACGGCCAUGUGCAAGGAUAAGAUGACGAUCGGGACGAGGUACGUGGAGCUGUUCCCGUCCACCCCGGAGGAGGCGAGCAGGGCAAAGUCGCGAGGCAGGCAGUGAAAAUGCUUGCUACUACUAGAUGCUGAAUCCUGGGCGGUGUGAAGAGCUGUAUUGCAUUCGAGUUUAGCUUUUUUCCAUGCUUAAAUCUAUCACUGUUUGAUGGUGUCAAUUUGUGCUCAUGCUACUAGCUUGCUAUGGUGACUUUAUGAUAACUCUAUAUAAGAUGCUUUGCUGGGCAUGUAACUGCUACUCAAUCCUUGUCGAAAGCACUUGUACGUACAACAUUUUGUUCUUAUUUUUCAUGUCCUCCUGAGAUUGUCUGUAACCUUUUUCCGUGGGAUAUCUAUUGUUAUGAAGUGACACGACUUUGUUGA